UGUGUCACUGGCCUUUGGUAAAGAAACUUUCAAGGUGAUAUGAUUUUUGGGGAAUUUUAACUCUGGUGUGAUAGUGAGAAAUGUGUUCCUUUGUGAAAUCUGCAAGCGAUGGCUAAGUUCGGUUUCUCAUCGUCAGUGAUUUUCAUUCCAUCAGGCAUAUUUCCUUGCGUUUCUGUUAAAUCUUCCUGUAAAAACAAAAAGCAAGCCGAAACCCAAAAGCUCAAUGCUUCAGAUUAGGGUUAUUUCAAAAUCCCCACUAUGGACACGUCAAACAUUCCACCAUUCCUGGAUCAUCAAUAUUUCAAAAUCGCUUUGGAGAAUGGUUUAAAAACGAACAAUAUUCAAAUUGUUAAUUUGCAAUUUUCGAUGGGAAGCGGUCCUGGAGAGAACUUCCUUAGUAGCGUUUAUAGAGUGUUGGUAACAUACUCUACCGGCAAUGCGCCACCAAAAUCGGUCUCCUUAAUCGUUAAAGUCGUCCCCGACAUCCCUCUGUAUGCGGGAGGCGGAAGUGAAAUGCAUGAAAAAGAAGCAAUGAUGUAUUUCGAUAUUUUACCAGCAAUAGAGAAGGGCUUGAAAGAAGGGAGGAUGAGCCCAAGAGGUUUUUUCGCGGCGCUUAAAGAACCAAAAACCAUUGUCAUUGAAGAUUUGAAACAUCUAGGAUAUCGUCUAAGUGAUCGCCAAAAGGGGCUAAACGAAGACCAUUGCAAACUAGUGUUAGAAAAGCUGGGGCAAUUUCACGCACUUUCCAUGUUAUAUGCGGAAAAGAAUCCGAUGAAAAUGGAACAUUUCAAAGAAGGCGUUGUAACGCCUUAUUCUGUUAACACGCCAGCAUUUGAAAUGACACAUUGGGCAAAUUUCAAGUCUACAAUAGCCCUUGCAGAAAGUUGGCCUGGCUAUGAAGCUGUUGCACAGAAGAUGAAAGGUAUUCAAACGGCCAAGGAGCUUGCUGAAAGGCUUUUAACUGUCGCGGAUUGUUCAAAUGACAGCUUUAAAAUUCUGAAUCAUGGUGAUAUGUGGGUCAACAACUUUUUAUUCAAGUAUGACAGCAAUGGAAAACCAGAGGACCUUAUUUUUGUUGAUUACCAAUGCUCAGUUUAUGGGAGUCCUGGAAAUGAUAUCAACCAUUUUCUAGGUCUUAGUCCUGCUGCUGAAGUUCUCAAAAAUCGACACGAACACAUGAUCAGAGAAUACUACUAUCAGUCUUUUAAGCAGACACUGCAAAAUGUCGGUUAUGGAAGAAUUCCCACCGAGGAAGCAAUUAUGGCUGAAAUACGAAGGAAAGAAUCUUACGGCGUGCUUUUAGCUAUUGGCGUACUUCCGAUCCUAUCAAUGGAUACAUGUGUUUCCAAAGAUAACACGUUGGAAAAUAUGAGCUCCGGGAAAGUAGGGUCGAAUAUGCAGCAUUCAGUGUUGUCUGCGAGAUUCCAAGAAGCAAUGAAGUAUUGGCUGAAGCGUGCUGACGAAAGCAAACUUUUCGAUUGACUUCUUGAAAGUGUUUAGAUUUUGAAGAAUUAUUGUUAUUUCACCGCGAGCUGAUCGGGCUUGGGUUUAUCCAAAAAACAUUCAAUAAAGCAGCUUUGGCGACAUGUCAUGUA